GAUGCCUGGUGGAUGGGAACAAACUUGGGACCAAGGAGAGACGCGGGCCCAGGGCACCCUCGCAGUGGACCCGGGCACUGAGGGCCGGAGGCCACAGGCCAGGGCAGCGGCGCGGCGGAUGCGGCAGGGACCUGCGUGAGGACUCCUUGAGCCUCGCGCGCGGGCCACGAGUGAUCCUUAGGAUGCCUCACAACUCCAUCAGAUCCGGCCACGGAGGGCUGAACCAGCUGGGCGGGGCCUUCGUGAACGGCAGACCCCUGCCCGAAGUGGUGCGUCAGCGCAUCGUGGACCUGGCCCACCAGGGCGUGAGGCCCUGUGACAUCUCCCGCCAGCUUCGCGUCAGCCAUGGUUGUGUCAGCAAGAUUCUUGGCAGUAGGUACUACGAGACUGGCAGCAUCCGGCCUGGGGUGAUAGGUGGCUCCAAGCCCAAGGUGGCUACCCCCAAGGUGGUGGAGAAGAUCGGGGACUACAAGCGUCAGAACCCCACCAUGUUUGCCUGGGAGAUCCGAGAUCGGCUCCUGGCUGAGGGCGUCUGUGACAACGACACUGUGCCCAGUGUCAGCUCCAUCAACAGAAUCAUCCGGACCAAAGUGCAGCAACCAUUCAAUCUCCCCAUGGACAGCUGCGUGGCCACCAAGUCCCUGAGCCCAGGACACACGCUGAUCCCCAGCUCAGCCGUGACGCCCCCGGAGUCACCCCAGUCCGACUCUCUGGGCUCCACCUACUCUAUCAAUGGGCUGCUGGGGAUCGCCCAGCCCGGCAGCGACAGCAAGAGGAAGAUGGAUGACAGUGACCAGGACAGCUGCCGGCUGAGCAUCGACUCCCAGAGCAGCAGCAGCGGGCCCCGCAAGCACCUCCGCACGGACGCCUUCAGCCAGCACCACCUUGAGCCCCUUGAGUGCCCCUUUGAGCGGCAGCACUACCCUGAGGCCUACGCCUCCCCCGGCCACACCAAAGGCGAGCAGGGCCUCUACCCGCUGCCCCUGCUCAACAGCGCCCUGGACGACGGGAAGGCCACCCUGACCCCUUCCAACACACCCUUGGGGCGCAACCUCUCGACUCACCAGACCUACCCCGUGGUGACAGAUCCUCACUCACCCUUCGCCAUAAAGCAGGAAAGCCCCGAGGUGUCCAGUUCUAGUUCCACCCCUUCCUCUUUAUCUAGCUCCGCCUUUUUGGACCUGCAGCAAGUCGGCUCUGGGGUCCCCGCGGGAGCCUCGGUCCCGCCCUUCAAUGCCUUCCCCCACGCUGCCUCAGUGUACGGGCAGCUCGCGGGCCAGGCCCUCCUCUCAGGGCGAGAGAUGGUGGGGCCCACGCUGCCCGGAUACCCACCCCACAUCCCCACCAGUGGACAGGGCAGCUAUGCCUCCUCUGCCAUCGCAGGCAUGGUGGCAGGAAGUGAAUACUCUGGCAAUGCCUACGGCCACACCCCCUACUCCUCCUACAGCGAGGCCUGGCGCUUCCCCAACUCCAGCUUGCUGAGUUCCCCAUAUUAUUACAGUUCCACAUCGAGGCCGAGCGCGCCGCCCACCACCGCCACGGCCUUUGACCACCUGUAGUCGCCAUGGGGACAGUGGGAGCGAAGGAGCCGCAGGAGGACCGGGUCGGGGACGCCCGCAGAGAGUCACAGAAAGGAAUCUUUAUUUAUUACACGAAAACAAUCACAAGUCCGCGCGCAGGUCGCACUCCUGUGUG